AUGCAAUUCAAGUCGCUCGUUACCGUUGCCAUCGCUUCGUUGGCUGUCGCCUCCCCCAUUGCCAUCCCCAUUCCCGAAGCCGACGCGUUGGCGUUGCCUGAACCUUUGGCUCAAGCUGAAGCCAUUACCUUUUCCAACGACAGAAGACCUAAGGGUGUCCCUGGUAAAGGUGCUCUCGGCAUUUUGACCAACGGUACCAACCCGUUGUACUACUUGUUCAACCUUGCGUACAAGGCCGUCAAGGAAACCGGUGAAGGUGUGUUGAAGAUCGCCACUCUCGACCCCCUUGUCGAAUUGCCCGAACUUAGAAUUGAAAACUAA